AUGCCUAAUUAUCUAAACUUAGAAGAAGCGAAUGGUCCAUCAGGUCAAUAUAAAUCAAAAACGUUCUCAUCAACUUCUAUGCAUCCAGUAGCCACCAAAAUGCGUGAAACUUCAUCAUUAAAUAGUAUAGAUAUUACUCGUACUAAAACAAGGAGAUCGACUGACAAUAAAUCUAAUGUGACUUCGAAAACAUCAUCAUCCAAAAAAAUGUUAACAGGUGUAAUGAACUAUGAUGGCGCUUCAAGUAUUACUGCUCUCGUCGUUUUUCUUCUCACAAAUAAACUAACAUCAACAGUAACAACAAGAACUUCAACAACAGCAACAUCAACAUCAACCACAACUACUUCCACAAUUACAACACCAGCUCCACCAUGCGUUCCUAGUUCUGCUGUUUCUGCAAGUAGUCUUUAUAUAGCAGCAUCUAGCAGCUACUCGUAUCUUGAUGAUGUCUUAGUAUAUGCUGGAGCUGUGCAAAUGCUAACUAAUACUGAUUUUGAGACAAGUAACCUUUCGCAUUGGAUUCGAACAACAUCGAAUGGAGCUUGCGGAGGAGCACCAUCUGAAGUGUGUAAUUUUUUGUAUCAUAGUGAAAAUUAUUCUGCUUAUGAUGGAAGUAAUGGAUGUGCCGAUCAGCUUAGUCAAUAA